UUCCUCGCAGUGAAAGCACAGAGUGUCCAAUCCAUUUUAGCGAGCGUGUGUUCCAAAAUCAAUCGUAGAAUUAAAGUGCAAAAAUAUCGUGUAAAACGGUUCCAGUUCUCUGUAAAAACAUUACAAAUCGGAAGUUUACGCGCGGGUGAUGCGUUGGAGAUAGAAAACUGUUUCCGGCCGGUGUUGGUUGAGGCGGAAAAGGUCCACAAAACAGGUGCACCGAAAGUGGAGUCUCUGGACGAGUGAUCCUCCAUAUCAGUGAAAUCCACGACGAAAAAGCAGACCGUGAAACUCGACGAGUUGAGGUUAGGGAAGAAGCGGUGUUCAUUUUGCUUCGUGUGCUGCGAGUGAAUCACAACAGCAGCUGUUCGUUUCGUCGUCGGUUUGCGAAUUCGGGUGUUCAUCCAGCGUGUUUUGUUUCGUCAGCUGCUGCGCUGUCAACGAUUUUUCUGGUGUAAAUAUUUUGCCUCUGGGUUUUGAUAACAGGGCGGGAGCUGUUUUGCGGUGCUCUCGUAUGCUGUAACUUUCGAGGGCCGCGCUUGGAGGACUUGAAACGAUAUGGCAUCACCAGCGGAUCAGGCGGAAGUGCUUCGUGGGCGAGACUUGGCGCGCAUCUUCCAGAUAUGGGAGGAAAGGCACAGCGUUCCCGGGUACGAUCCGGAGCCGGUUGUUACGAGACUAGCGGAAAUCUUCGAAGAGGAGACAGAGGUUUACAUGCGCAAAGACCCGGACCCCUUCGAUGAGCGACACCCAUCGCGAACGGACCCGAACAGUGAACUGGGUCGCAUGUUGAAGACCCUGUUCCGGAAGGAUCACUUCAUGACCCGGUUGGUGAACGACUACCUUCGGGAUAAUUUCUUCACGCGUCAAAACAUCCAGCAAUGCUCGCAACCCCUGAAUAUCGCAGCCUGCCGGUUGAUACUGGUGAUCAUGCCCGGUUUGGAAACGUCCGCCGUGUUCCAAGCGGAAUUCGAUCAUCUUAUCACACGGCUGUACGGAUGGGCCGAAUCGAGCCCUGAACCUUUGCAAAGCUAUGCCACUGGGUUGUUGGGAGCUGCGAUGGAAGUGCAGGAGAUUGCUGUUAGCUUUCGGGAGCAGAAUAUUCGACUUUUACCGAUCAUGCUGAGGCGGUUGCACGUGCUGCAAUUGGCUCACAGAAAUCGCGAUCGUUUGGCGGAAGCUGGCGAGGGAAUGUCCAGUACGGCGUUCCAGCGGAUGUUCCAAGGAGAGGCAGCUCUAAUAUCCAAGAGAAAUUCCACGGAAGGUCAGAGCGAAUCUGCGAUGGUGGAUGGCGCAGUGGGUGGAGAAGUCGUGGAGAGGCCCUUUGCCCAUUUGGGACCAUCUGAGGGAAGUGCGGUACCUCCUAAUGGUGUGUCUUCGGCGUCGAAUUUGAAUACGCUCUUCCAGAAUGAAAACAGUCAGAAUACACAGGAUGCCCAAGGUCGCCAGGCGCACCGGAACAUGAUCCCUAUCUUUCCAGCCACGAUUGCCACCAGUCAGAUGCUGAUCUUGCGAUACCUGACGCCGAUGGGAGAGUAUCAGGAAUUCCUGCCGCACGUUUUCGAACACAACGCGAUGAGUUUGAUCUUCCGCUACAUCGAGAAUCUGGACGCCAAGGACACCUGUCUGGCGUUCGAGGCGUUGAAGUAUCUGGCAUCGUUGCUGUGCCAUAAGAAGUUCUCACUGGAGUUCAUCGCGAAUGGAGGUCUAGAACGGCUAUUGCGAGUUCCUCGGCCUAGUUUGGCCGCCACGGGAGUUUCGAUUGCUUUCUACUAUUUGGCGUACUGUGAAGAUGCAAUGGAGAGGAUCUGUUUGAUGCCACAGAAGAUCAUUACGGAAUUGGUAACCUACGCGCUGUGGCUUCUGGGAUGCACCCACGAUUCCGGACGAUGCCACGCUACGAUGUUCUUCGGCCUAAGCUGCCAGUUCAAAACAAUGAUGGAUGAGUUCGACAAGCAGGACGGAUUGCGGAAACUGUACAACGUCAUCGCCGUGCUUCCGAUCCUGAUGCCAGCGGACGAAUAUCACCUGAACGAUGACGAGGAAUGUGCAGCUCGACAGGUGGUCCGACAUGUUUGUGUCGCGUUGAAGAAGUACUUUGAGAAUCACCUCUACUACAAAUACAAUCAGGUCACGCGGCAACAGUGUCCCACGGGGACGUUGGCACAACCGGUCUUCAAAUCGGUAAAGAACUCUCCGGAAGUUAUUAGCGAUCAGAUAAGGACGCUGCAGGAGUUGCUUCCCAUGAAGGCUCGUUGGUCACCGGUCGAUGAAUUUCUGGAUCUGGGAGGAGUUAAUUUACUGCUACGUAUCAUCGCAUUGGCCUACGAGUGGAACUACAGUGGACGCUCUUACAGUGGUGAGACGGUCCGCGCCGCUUUGGACGUGCUGAACGUGUGCUGCGUGAUUCCUCGAGUGCAUGCCGUAUUCUGCGAGCGAAUCGAGUUCCCUGACGAGGGUUCCGCCGCCGGUAUCAACAUCGUACUGGGAGCAGCGGAAGGCGAAAUCGUAGCGGACGCAGAAGUCCAGAAAUCCGCCCUGGCCGUUUUGGUGCAUACGGUUUGUGCCCCUCUGCAUCGACCGAGUGGUUCUCUCGCGCGGUUUGGGUCGGCCAAGAAACGAAUGCCCAAUAAGAACUCGGAAGAGUUGCUGCAGAAAGUGUGGGAGAGCGUCCGAUCCAAUAACGGGAUCAUCGUGCUGCUAUCGCUGAUGUGCGUUAAGACACCGAUCACCGAUGCGGAUUGCAUACGGGGGAUGGCCUGCAGGGCGAUGGCCGGUUUGGCCCGAUCCGAAACAGUGCAACAGAUUAUCGGGAAAUUAUCGCUAUUUGUCAACGGGCAGCUGCAAAGUCUAAUGCGCGACCCGAUCCUGCAGGAGAAACGAGCCGAGCACGUCCAGUUCCAGAAGUACGCCCUGGAACUGCUGGAACGCGUCUCGGGCAAAGCGAAAUCGGCCAACAAUCAACUCGACACCUCACUGGCCGACAUUCACAAGGCGAAUGUGGUUGCCCAGACUAAGAUUCAAUUCAACGAGCAACAGCUGCUGGAGUUGAUCCACCAACACCUGAUGGCUCGAGGCCUGACCGAAACGGCGGCCACUCUGGUGCGGGAAGGUGGCAUCACCGUUCCGAAUCCCAUCCUUCAGCAGCAUCAGCAGGCGACUAGUUUAAGCAGAAAUUUGCACCAUUCACCUUUCACUUUCCGGUCCCCCAAUCCGACCAACAUUCAACGCGCUAGGAUACGAAGUAAAACAAGUGACGGAACGUUUAGUCACUCAACGGCACAAGCUAAUCUUCAGGCUGCGCUGGCGGCGGCCAGUAUAGACGGUCCAGUCCCUGCCAAUGGCAGUGGGGAACAUUUGAAGGUUGAUGUCACAGGCGCGGGUGUUUCUUCCGGCCAGGAUUCACCGCCAGUAGAUCCCUUCACGCCCAUAAAGUUAAUAAAGAAGACAUCCGCAGGAAGUGUGAGCGCAGGAGUGACCGCAGGCGGAAGUACCACUCAUGGAAGCAGCUUGAGCACACCGUUUGCGUCGUCUUCCAGCAGUACCCAUCAACGUCCGCUGCAGAAGCAACUUUCGGCAACGACGGACACCGCCUCGUUCCUGGUUCCGGCAUCGACGUCUUCCAAAACGACCACCGCCGAAGUCCCCGGCUGCUCCGUCACGCUGGACACGAUCAUCACGGAGUAUCUCACCAAUCAGCAUGCCUUGUGCAAACAUCCGAUGUCCACGUGUCCCCAAUUUGAUCUGUUUGUGCCACACAAGUGUCCGGAUCCACGCCCGAACAGAGCGUCCGGCAUGAGCAUCAACUUUGCCACACGGUUCUUCAAACGGCAUGCCGGCUAUUCAUCGCAGCGAUUCGACCGGCGACUAGUUCAUUCUAAUUUUUCGGCUUCCCGUGUGUUACGACCGCAGGACUCGGACUUCUUCUUCACCUGUUGCGAUUUCACGCCCUGCGCAACAAAACUGAUCACCGGGUCGCACUCCGGAGAGGUCAAAAUCUUCAACCUCAGUGACAGUAAUGAAGAGUUUAGCUAUUCGUGCCACGAGUCUUACGUAAAUUCCAUCAUCUGUAGCAAGGAUGGACGCUUGCUGUUGACUUCCUGUGCGUGGCGGUCACCAAUGUCGGCACUGUGGAACAUCGAGAACAGUCGGUUCACCCAGAAGCUCACCUGGGACGAGGAAGAGUACGUGGAGUUCCCGAACCUGAAGCAGGAUAAGGUUUUGGCGACCACUGGAGAGGUCGCCACCAUCUACGAUAUCAACACAGGUCAGAAGGUGCUCUCGUUGGUUCCGAGCAUCUACAACCAGUACACGAAAAACCGUGCCACAUUUUGCCCGUCGGACGAGUUGAUCUUGUCGGACGGUGUCCUGUGGGACGUUUCCUCCGGCAAGGAAAUCCACAAGUUCGACAAACUGAACCAAACCAUCUCCGGGGUGUUCCACCCGAACGGGCUGGAGAUCGUGUCCAACACGGAGGUGUGGGACCUCCGAACGUUCCACCUGUUGCGAACCGUUCCGGCGCUGGACCAGUGCCACGUGAAGUUCUCUCCGCAGAAUGUGAUAUACGGUACCUGCCCGGAGGUAGAAACGGAACCGAACGCGGAUAAUGUGUGCUUUGAGUCCAGCUUUAGGGUGCUGGAUGCGUACGAUUAUAGCAGCAUCUCGACGGUGGACGUCAAACGGAACAUCUACGAUUUGGCGGUCAACCUGUACGGUAGCCAGAUUGCGAUCGUGGAAAACCAGGGCGGCUACAAUUCCGUGCAGGAAUCCGUUGUGCGAAUCUACAGCGUCGGUCGCAAGAAGAACACCGAGGACGACGCCGAGGAAGAGGAGGAAGAGAUGGAGAACAGCGAGGACAAUUCGAUGUCGGAAACGGAAUCCGUCGUAUUUCACGGCGCUCGCGGAGAAAACGGUGGUCAGCGUCGUCGGCGGAGACGGGGAAUGCGUAUCAAUGUACUCGAUGAUGACGAUGAUAUCUUUCAACCAGGUUCUUCCUCGUCGAGCGACGACGACGACGAUGACGAUGACAAUGACGACGACGACGGCGAUGAGGACGGGGACGGCGAUGGCGAUGGCGAUGACGACGACGGGGCCAACAACAACGACGACGAGGAGGACGCCUCAUCCUGGACCACGACCUCCGACCUGGAGGACUUCCUCAUGAUGUAAUAAGACAGUGAAACAUUGCUAAAUCCAGAUGAGCGAUCAGCUGGUUCCGCCUCGCCAUCCGGUGUCCAGCCGAAACGUGAGUCGUUUCCCCUCGUAUCUACUUCGUUACUAUCUAGAACUUGCGUUAUUUUAUGGUACGUCAUUGUAUAUAGAUGUCUAGUAGGAUAAAGGCCGGAUUACCUUUCUCUAUUAAGAUCAAAAAGCUUUAAGUUUGUUCGAGAGAUUUGUUCGAAAAGUAAAUUGUUUUGCAAAAAAUAAAUAUUCAAAUGGAAAUCAUUAUUUAUACAUUUUUGAGGCAUUCGUCAGAAAAAAAAUCUAGCAUUCGUUGUGAUGGCAUUUUUCGUACUGUGUAGAAAGUGUGGCUCGCGUUUUUUACUUCUUUGAACAGACGACAGAGUUUUCCUACGUUUUCGGGUAGUUUCGUCACCUCAAUUUACGGGCUUUUAUCGCGAGCAAAGAAUGCUGCCGCACUGUCACAAAAACGGCGCUGAAUAAUCGAUUUGUCCUUGUAUAAUAUAGAUUCUAGCUCAAUAAAUAAAUUUCAUAUUACGGA